UCUACAUCACUACAUCCAGAAGAAAUCGUGAAAAAAUCUACGUUGCUCAAUCACGUCACCUUUCGCAUAUUUACUGUUUUAGCAUUAGAACCAUCGUGCAGUUUUAUUAAUUGUGUUGAAAUAAGUGUGUAUUAAACAACAAAGCUUAAUUCAACUUACCAAAAUGCUGUACCUCGAGGAUUAUUUGGAAAUGAUCGAGCAUUUGCCCCAGGAAUUAAGGGAUAGAUUUACAGAAAUGCGAGAAAUGGAUCUAUCAGUACAAAACAACAUGGAUACAUUAGAGAAACGUGUGCGCACACUGUUUGGUGGAUGCAGGCGCGGGGAUGUGAACACUGAUCAGGCCAAUACUGAAUUUGCAGACAUUAAGAAAGGAUACACCAAAACUCUGGAGGAGGCAGAUGAGAAAGUCACACUAGCUAAUCAGAUGUACGACUUAGUUGACAGAUAUCUCCGGAGACUAGAUACAGAACUUCACAAAUUCAAGUGCGAGCUGGAGGCAGACAACAAGGGCAUAACAGAGUUACUGGAGAAACGUUCAUUAGAUCUGGAUACCAACACCAACCAUACUAGCACAUCCAACAAUAACCACUAUAAGGAUAACAGAUAUCGUAUUCGGGCUGAAAAGAGGCGCGAUAGUUGGGCGACUAGGGAGUCGCGCGCUCACUCUAGCAAUGGGAACAUGUCCCGAACUGAUUCUGCUCUACAGGCUGCUCUGGGCCGCGACUCUUACUCGCUGGGGCACGCGGGCAGCGCCAUAGCCGCGGCCGCGAGCCAGGCCAUCGCCGCUACACAACAGAUGCAGCAGGGGCGGCGCACGGCGUCGCUGAAGGCGUCGUACGAGGCGGUGGCGGGCGAGCUGGCGCACCAGCAUGCGCACCACGCCCACCACGCCCAUCAUACUCACCUCGAACAUGGUCAAGGGAUGUCGUCGGGGCACGUGGUGCAGAGCGCUGUGCAUUCGCAUUCCUCGUCCGCUGCAUCUACUAACAAACGACACAAGCAAAAAAAGAAUACGUACGGCACCUCAAGCAGCGUGGGCUCGUUGCAUUCGCAGCAGUCAGGCUCCGCCGCCGCGAGCCGCUCGUCUUCUCCCACUGUGGGUAACAUGAGUUCGGUAGUGAACAAGGUCACAAUAGAGGAACCUAUGGAGGAAGAAUGGACGUACGACCCCAACGAGCCGCGCUACUGCAUCUGCAACCAGGUGUCUUACGGGGACAUGGUCGCUUGUGACAACCAGGACUGCCCCUACGAGUGGUUCCACUACCCAUGCGUGGGCAUCACGGCGCCGCCGAAGGGCAAGUGGUACUGCCCGCAAUGCCAGACCAACAUGCGCCGCAACCGCGCGCACCGCAAGAACUGAACGAUCGAGUGAUGCCCCACGAUGCGUUGCGGUGCGAUGCGGUGCGACGCCGUAGCGGUCGCCGCUGCCUCAUCCUAUAGUACGCGACAGGUUGAGACCCCGUGCACCCGCACGUAACCUGCGCUCACCCGCAGCGGAUAGCGCGGGGGCUGUGUGGGUGUGCGGGGCGUCCCCACUGCGGUUGCCAUCUCAAUCUGUCGCGCACUAUACAUACAGA